AGCGACUCUCCUACCCACUCUGCAUUUCCAGGGACUCUUGCCAUCUGCUUUAGGCGGGCGAUGCUGUUGCUUGAUUGCAACCCGGAGGCGGAUGGUCUGAGGCAGCUGCUGCAGAGUGGGUGUUCCGUCAAUGCACCCCCGGACCCCUGUGAGCAGUCCCCUGUCCACUUAGCUGCGGGUGGUGGCUUUGCUUACUUUCUUCUCUGGCAACUGCAGACAGGCGCUGACCUCAACCAACAGGUAAAUGAAGUGCUUUGGGGAGAGACUCUAAAAUGCCUUCUUUCCCUAAAGGAUGUUUUGGGAGAAGCUCCACUCCAUAAGGCAGCUAAAGUUGGAAGUCUGGAAUGCCUUAGCCUGCUUGUAGCCGGUGAAGCCCAGAUUGAUCUAUGUAAUAAGAAUGGGCAGACAGCCGAGGAUCUUGCUUGGUUAUAUGGAUUUCCAGAAUGUGCCAAGUUUCUUACAACAAUUAAAUGUACGCAGAUGGUAAAAUCAAGGGAACAAGCCAUUCAGGAUCACUGUGUUCCAGUGCUCAGACAGAAACGAAGUUUUGGGAGUACAGAAAAUAUAAAUGAGAAAAGACGGUGUUGAUGUCAUACUGGUUAUGAAGAGGCUUGAAGCAGGGCUUCAUUCAACGAAAAUCCACAAACGAUGGCUUUGGGUUACCAUAUGUGUUUAAACUCCGAGGUGGAGGCACACUUUCUUCCAAGUGAAGAGAACAUUUAAGAAUACAUGUAUUUACAUGCCUGUAAUAUUUUGAUUGUGCAUGUUUUGUUUUUUAAGUUAUUAAAGGAAUGGCUAAAGAA